AUUCGAUGCGAAUCAGACAGACAAAUUAGGGGACCCCCUCUUUUGCCGCACGCUUUAGCGGCUUCUGUCAUUGUGGGGAAGUCGUUCAAUUCGAGACCUCCUCACCAUCCUGUAUCUUUCUUCCACGUACCCUAUAGCUGCUCCAUAGAUUGAUGGCCACCCCACUGUACAUACGGAGCAUCCACUAAAGCCAAAGACACUUUCCGUUUAGUUGGGACUUUAACUCCAUACAUGAGAACCAUGGCACACAAUUCUUAUCAACAUGACGGCAAACCCAUUGAUCUCGAUGAAAUCCAUGAUUACCUGAUAAGCCUGGCUUUCCGUGCUGGGGAUAUCAUCAACAGUGCUCUACCUACAGAUGAUAGUACUGGAUCAAAGAUGAAUUCUGCUGAUAUCGUUACUCGAUAUGACAAAGCCGUUGAAGCUAUGAUAUCCUCGGCCCUAAAAGAAAAAUAUCCAUUAUAUCAGUUUCACGGAGAGGAGACCUAUGACCCAGCCCAUCCCCUAACCGAUGCACCCACGUUUGUGGUUGAUCCUAUUGAUGGCACGGUCAAUUUUGUGCAUGGAUUUCCCUGCUCCUGUAUUUCUCUUGGUUUCGCCGUUUGCCGUGUACCCAUUGUAGGCGUCGUCUUCAACCCUUCAACGCGCACUCUUUAUUCUGCAAUACAAGGCCGUGGGUCAUACCUGAACCGCACCACCAAGCUUCCCUUCAAGGGCGAUGAUAUAGGACCUUUAAAAAGCCUGGAGAAUUCACUCGUUGGUAUUGAGUGGGGCUCGGAGAGGACGGGUGCCAAUUGGGAAACAAAGGUGCGAACUUUCGAGAAACUUGGCCGAGCAAAGGAAGAUGGUGGUGCGAUGGUCCGUUCGAUGCGCAGCAUGGGUUCUGCGGCGCUGAACCUCUGUGCCGUUGCAGCUGGGACCCUAGACUUGUACUGGGAAGGGGGUUGCUGGGCUUGGGAUGUUUGUGCAGGCUGGGUAAUCCUGACCGAAGCAGGUGGUGUCAUAAUAGAUGGAAAUUCAGGAACUUGGGAAGCAACUCUCGAUGGAAGAAAAUACCUUGCUGUUAGAGCAUGCUCUGAUGAAAACAGCAGGCUAGAGCUCAUUAAGGAGUUUUGGGGGCAGAUUCAAGGAAGCUUUGAAUACUGAUGCCUGCACUUAGCGGGCCAAAGGCUUCGGUCUACCAUGCGUCAGUUAUGUUGUCUCAGAUCCUUAUCAUCAGAAUGUACGCAGUCCAACUGAUAUACUGUGCUGUAAAUGUGUAAUAUUAUAGUACUAUAUAUUGCAUAACGUAAAUAUGCAUCUCUAUGUGCGCAACCAUCUUACUCCUCAGCUGAACAUGAAUAUGGACACAGCCAGCACACUUUCCCCUCAGCCCCAGUUCUAAUAGGAGAUUU